AUGAUCAAGGUUGGCUUCAAUGACUGCCUGGGCAAGAAAGUCCACAUUGUGUGCAACACUGAGGACACCAUUAGGGCUAAGCUUAUCACUGCCUAAACUGGCACCUGUUGGAACAAGAUUGUUCUGAAGAAAUGGUAUACCAUUUUGAAGGACCAGGUGUCCCUGAGGAACUAUGAAAUCCAUGAUCAAGUGAAAUUCGAACUUUAG